UCGGCCAAUUACACGUCAGCUAAUUCAACUCCUACUCCUUUCUUUGGUGACAGGAGACGCCCGCCUUUUCCGGCCCCGUUGGGAGCCGCUUGUUCCGCAAUAUGGGAACAAUAUAUUUGUUUCGCAAAUCACAGCGGUCUCUUCUGGGCAAGUUAACACAGGAAUUUAGAACAGUAACUGCUGAUCGAAGGUCAUGGAAGAUCUUGCUGUUUGGUACAAUAAAUAUAUUAUGUACUGCAUUCCUGCUUAUGUGGUGUAGUUCUACAAACAGCAUAGCUUUAACUGCAUAUACCUAUCUAACAAUCUUUGAUCUUUUCAGCUUAAUAACAUGCUUAAUAAGUUAUUGGGUGAUGAUGAAGAAGCCUAGUUCCUCAUAUUCAUUUGGAUUUGAGAGAUUUGAAGUCCUAGCAGUAUUUGCUUCUACGGUUCUUGCACAACUUGGAGCACUUUUUAUACUUAAAGAAAGUGCUGAACGAUUUGUUGAACAGCCAGAGAUUCAUACGGGUCGAUUGCUGGUUGGUACCUUUGUGGCACUCACUUUCAACUUGUUCACAAUGCUUUCAAUUAAGAACAAACCAUUUGCUUACGUGUCUGAAGCGGCAAGUACAAGUUGGCUUCAGGAACAUGUUGCAGAUCUCACUAGGAGCUUGUGUGGUAUCAUUCCUGGGCUGAGUAGCAUCUUUCUUCCACGUAUGAAUCCAUUCAUCUUGAUUGAUCUUGCUGGGGCUUUCGCUCUUUGUAUUACAUACAUGUUAAUCGAAAUUAAUAAUUAUUUUGCAGUUGAUACAGCUUCUGCAGUGGCUAUUGCUUUGAUGACAUUUGGUACCAUGUAUCCCAUGAGUGUCUACAGUGGAAAGGUAUUGCUUCAGACGACACCACCUCAUGUGAUUGGACAACUAGAUAAACUUAUACGAGAGGUUUCUACUUUGGAUGGAGUUCUAGAAGUUCGAAAUGAACACUUCUGGACAUUGGGGUUUGGUUCACUGGCUGGAUCAGUUCAUGUGAGAAUUCGAAGAGAUGCUAAUGAACAGUUGGUACUUGCACAUGUGACAAAUCGGUUAAGUGCGUUAGUAUCUAUUUUGACUGUUCAGAUUUUCAAAGAUGACUGGAUUAGGCCUACUUUGGCUACUGGACCUAUCGGGAACAAUAUGCUGAACCUUUCAGAUCAUUACAUUAUUCCAAUGCCAUCUCUAAAAGCAGCGGAAAAUUCUGACCAUGUUACAUCCACUCCAACUAAACCAAGCAGUCCACCUCCAGAAUUUGCUUUUAACACACCAGGUAAAAAUAUGAACCCUAUCAUUCUCAUGAACACUCAGACAAGGCCCUAUGGAUUAAACUUCAACCAUGGAACUGUACCUUAUAGCAGUGUCUUCACUCAAGGCUUUGGAUUGCCAGGAACAGGAGUAACCCAUGGAUUCAGGACUGGCUUCAUUAAUGUUCCCCAGAGAUAUGGAACUGGCACUCGAGGUCAAUUAAGGCCCUAAUAAACUCUUUCUAUAUUUAUUGUUUAAAAUUACUUCAAUUAUUUUAUUGCUCAUUUUUCUACAAGACUGAUUUCCUGGUAAACUAGUAUCAGAGGUUUUCAAAAUCAUGAAAACGUGCCCUCAUGGAUUGACUUUUUUUGGUGCAGUUAUCCAUUUCUGUGACUGUAAAGCCAUAGCUUUAUAAAAGGUUAUUGCAAUUGCAUAUAUUGCUGGUCUUGUAAAUAAUUUCAACAGUUAUGUGAAAGGAACUCCAGAAAAUAAUGGUUUUGCAAGGUGUCUAUUAACAAAAUUAUUUUUUAAAAAAAUUGUCUUUGAUGUAAUCAUACAAUCAUUUUUAAAAGUUAUACUUUCUGAACAAUGGAAAAUGAUUAUUUGGUAAGUCCAGCAAAUUUCCUGAAAUUCAGGUUGAUAUUAAAAUGCUUAUGGAUAUUCUUGCUUGUGGAGUGCAGAGGAGACAUCAUGAAAUAUGACAGUGUGGGAAGACAAGGUCAUCCACCUACCUGUAACUGAUUAUUAAGAAUAUUAUGUCCAAUACGUUUCUCACAUGCACAGUUACGUUUCUGGAAGAAACAGGAC